CCCUCUAACGCGUAAAAACUUAACAGCAUAAACAAAUCCGAAAGUCAAGUCUCCGUCAAAAGCAUCUGUCACCGCGUUCACACGCUCACCGUCCAACCCUCCACUACAAAUAAUCCCUGGAUCCCAGUCUGAAAACAUCUGAAUUCACAUCUCUCUUCUCUCUAUCGGUCAAGCAUUUAAUCAAACACAAUCUAAUCUUUAUUUCUCGCUUUCAAAUCUCUCGUGUACAGGCACCAUCUCUUGUUUGAUAUGGAAAUAUCGCCUUUCCCAUUUCUUAAUCAAGAAGAGAUUUCACAUUUGUACAGUCUCUUCCAAGACAUUGACAGCACCACCUUGGCAACCAACAGCAACGCUCAUUUAAAGAGGCGAAGAAAGGAUGGCGAGGAGGAUGAAAGUGGAUGGAAGAAAAUCAAGAGCAGCAAUAAUAAUUCAGUAAUGAGCGACAUCCUCAGCUCUCUUAUUUUAUUGGAUGAGGAGGAAAAGCAAGAAUACCAGCAGUGGGCCAUUGAGUCGCAACUAGACAAGGCUGCUCUCGAUUGGAAUCAUAAGCAAAAAGUUGUAGCAAUGAAUGACUACCGCUCUGACCUGGAGGCCCAUUUUUCCGAUCUAGACGAGAUGGAUCAUACAAGAACUAAACGUAUUCGCCGUGCUGCUUCUGAGGUUGCGACUGCCGCGGCUGUAACUGAAACUGCACUGGCUUCAAGCGAAUCAAGUGGGCCGGGAGGAGGAGGGUCAGGCCAGCAGCCACAACAUCGGCGUUUAUGGGUGAAGGAUAGGUCAAAGGAUUGGUGGGACAAGUGUAACCACCCUGAUUUUCCUGAUGAGGAGUUCCGAAAGGCAUUUCGGAUGAGCAAGGCCACGUUUGAUUUAAUUUGCAUGGAGUUGGAUUCCGCCGUGACCAAGAAAAACACAAUGUUGCGCGAUGCCAUUCCGGUUCGCCAACGCAUUGCUGUUUGUAUCUGGAGGCUCGCUACCGGUGAGCCUUUAAGGCUUGUGUCCAAGCGGUUUGGAUUGGGAAUCUCUACUUGUCACAAGCUGGUUCUGGAAGUUUGCUCCGCCAUAAAGAAUGUCUUGAUGCAGAAGUUCGUUCAAUGGCCUGAUGAGGAGAAAAUGAAGAUGAUCAAGGGAGAGUUUGAAUCAAUGUCAGGGGUACCUAACGUUGGUGGAUCAGUGUACACUACUCACGUACCAAUUAUUGCUCCGAAGGUUAAUGUGUCAGCUUAUUACAACAGGAGGCAUACUGAGAGGCAUCAGAAGACAUCGUAUUCUAUGACAGUUCAGGGAGUUGUGGAUCCUAAAGGUGUUUUCACUGAUGUUUGCAUUGGUUAUCCUGGUUCAAUGCCUGAUGAUAAAGUGUUGGAGGAGUCUGCUUUGUUUAAGAGGGCUAGUAGAGGGGAUUUGAAGAAUGUUUGGCUUGUUGGGAAUUCUGGACUCCCUUUGAUGGAUUGGGUUCUGGUGCCUUACACACACCAAAAUCUGACAUGGACACAACAUACUUUCAAUGAGAAGAUUGGGGAGAUUCAAAGGGUCUCUAAAGAGGCAUUUGCUAGAUUGAAAGGGAGGUGGUCUUGCUUGCAAAAAAGAACUGAAGUUAAGCUCCAGGACUUGCCUGCGGUUCUUGGAGCUUGUUGUGUGUUGCAUAACAUUUGUGAGAUGAGAAACGAGGAGAUGGGUCCAGAGCUGAAGUUUGAUCUUUUCGACGAUGUUAUGAUCCCUGAGAAUAGUCUUAGAUCCGCUAGUGCAAUACAGGCAAGGGAUCACAUCGCUCAUAAUCUCUUGCAUCAUGGCCUUGGUGGCACUUCUUCUCUUUAGCCACCUGAAUUACAUUAUGGUCUCGUAGCUGCUUAAACUAUUUGUAUUCUUUUCUUUUUUUGUGGUGGGAGAGCUUUGGUUAUCUUGUUGUCUAUUUUUUUGUCGGGUUCCUGUAAAAUAUAAAUUUGCCCGUCCUAGCUAAUAAACAAAACAAGUGUACUUGCUUCCAUUUUCGUUUUUGCUUGUUUUGUGCAUGAUGAAUGCUCCUCCUCUUGAAAAUGCAAUUCAACGGAACAGUAACAGACCUCCCUGGUUCUGAUCAAUUUUGUAAUGGAGACGAUGAAUGGCUGGGCUUGUAUGAUGGGCCUGCUCUGUUGGCCUGUUCAUGUGUCUGCAUUGCUGCUGUGCUUGUGCUUUUCAAUUGCUGGGACCUUGAAAUACGCCAUGCUGGUGCUAUUUGCCUCGUUGGAGUUGAAGAUGACAGAAAUGGGAACAUGCCCAAUCGGCUCCUCCCCAUCCUUUUCUUCUCAUUUCCCAGAUGUUUUAGGAGAGGAGACAAUGCCCAAUUUCAGAAAUGCAAUCUGACUGUACCUGUAGCUCUAUCAACUUGACCUUCAAGAACUAUAUUCUGGCCAUGUUGCAUCUCUUCUCAACACGCACCUCCAUUGCCUUCUUUUCUCGAGUUACUAUAUUUCCUCUGCAUUGGUGGCAACGUGGCAAUCAUCCCUCUCACUAAUGAGCUCAAAAGAUCCAUUUCAGAAAGAAAAUAUAGAACAAGGAAAAAAAAAAAAAAGGAAGCAAAAGCACUGCUGCAUUUCUCGGACCCUGCCGAAUUCAAUCUGUUGUGCUUCAACUUCAAUUCUCGUACCUCAACAUAACUGACACAAUCUUAUAAGAACUUUUCAAGUUGGUCAAUCUGGUGAACCGCGAGCCG